CAUUUGUUCGUGACAUAAGCAACUACGAUAUAAUAUAUAUAAUAGUAAAUACUAAAUGCACAAAUAACGAUUUAAGACAUUAGAAUAUUUAAAAAAGUUUAUGCGAUAAAAACAAUCGUUUUACAUUAUACGUGUAAAUAAAUGGAAAACUUACCAGCAAAAAGAAGUUAUGAAGAUGAUGGUACUACAUCGAAUUCGAAAGAAAGAAAAAAGCUUAAUACUAGUCGGUACUUAACCUAUGACGUUUUAAGAAUUGUAUUUAAAUAUUUGAAUGGAAUGGAACUCUCGAACGCUUCAAUGGUUUGCAGGUGUGGAAAGGUUCAUUAUUUAUAUAAAGUUCUUAUAUCUUAAAUGAAAGAAAAAUUCAUUGUUUAUUCGUCGUAGAAGUCUACCCAGUCGAGAGAUAAACAUUUGACAAAAAUCUUGGUUAGAAGUGGCAAAUGAUGAAAAACGAACAAGAGGGGGUCCUAUCUGUUUUAUAGAAAAUUUAGAAAUGGGUGUGGAAUAUUUUAAUAUUCAAAUUACCGAAAAAUUAAGAAUCAAGCCAACAUUAGGAUUAAUUUUUAAAGCUCCACGUAGAUUAUAUAAUAAACAAGAUUGCCAUUGUAAAAUACUUCCAAAAAAUUGUGAUGCAAUAACACUUGCCACAUUUGGUAUACUUAUCAAUGAUAAAGAAAUGGAAAGUGCUUUAGACAAUAUUGUAUGUGCAUUUUUACCUGAAAUACCAGAUGUAACAAUCACAAUUGUUGCAUUUUCAAAAUAUAAGGUACAACAUUAUAGACGAAUGAAAAAAGCUCUUAGCAGACAUGGAACUAAUGGAUCUAAAUGUCUUUUAUUAUUUUGUAAUCAAAGAGGUCGUGCUUUAGCACAAACAGCUGCAGGGGAAUUACAAUUAUGUAACAAAACAGUUAAACCUUCUGUAUGGGGAGGAGUAGUUAAGGAUUUAUAUGUGUAUAAUUCAAAAAAUCCUACAAAUGAUGAUUAUGUUCGAUUUGCAUUUUGUGUUGGAAUUACUAUAGUUGGAUCAGUAGAUUCAUGGUCUAUAGUUAUGGAUGAAAGUUAUAAAACUAAGGAAUUAGUUGAACAGAGAUUAAAAUUAUUUAAGAGUCAUAUUUCUCUAAAAAAACAUUCCAUGGGUUUUAUGUUUGCGUGUUGUGAACGUGGAGAAAAUAUGUUUAAUGAACGAAAUGUGGAGUCAUCUAUUUUCAAAAAAUUAUUUCCAGACAUACCAUUAGUAGGAUGUUUCGGUGAUGGAGAAUUCGGAGAAACUACAAUACCAACUAAAAGCUUUAAUGAUAAAAAAAAUUUCUGGUACCACGAGAGAUCAACCGUUUUUUUGAUAAUUACAUAUGGUUAAAAUUCAUAAUCUAUAACAAAUAAAAAUCUGAAUCUCUUUAAAAUUAAUUGAAAUAAUAUCUUUGAAUUAAAAACGUAUGUGAUAUACGUUAAAUCGCGAACUAUAAUAUACAAAGUCUACAAUUGUGAUUUAAUUGUGAGAAAAAAUGUGUUUUGUAAUGAUUUAUGUUAAUAUAUUUUACGUUCGUAUAAAUCAUUUUAUAUUUCUCUUUAAUUUACUUCGUAAAAAAAAAAUCUUUUUACUUUUUAUUUAUCUUAAAAGAAAUGGAUGGCUUCCUGAAUAAUGAACAAAACAAUUUAAAAA